UGCUGCCCUGCCCUCUCCCGCUCUGCGGCCCUUCUUGUUAUAUAGCUAACUAGCGACCCCUUGGUUCCAAGCUCUAUUGCUAGCUGCUGGUUGCAUGCAUGGUAUAUAGCUAGAUUAUAUUCUUCUUCUCAUCAUCUCGCUCUUAAUUAGCUAGCUUCCAGUUCCAGGUAGCAGCUAGCUGCUGGUGUCUGCAGGUAGCUCCGAUAGAUCCGGCGAUCCGGCCACCGGCAGCAGCAAGAAUAAUGGCGGAUGCGGAGGGUCGGCGGGUGUGCGGCAUGCCGGAGAAGGCGCAGCUCCAUGUGGCGAUGCUGGCGCUGCAGUUCGGGUACGCGGGGUUCCAUGUGGUGUCGCGGCUGGCGCUCAACAUGGGCAUCAGCAAGCUCGUCUUCCCCGUGUACCGCAACAUCAUCGCGCUCUGCCUCCUCGUGCCCUUCGCCUACUUCCUCGAGAAGAAGGACAGGCCGCGGCUGACGCUCAGCUUCGCGGUCCAGUUCUUCCUGCUCGCGCUGUGCGGCAUCACCGCGAACCAAGGGUUCUACCUCCUGGGCCUCGACAACACGUCCCCCACCUUCGCCUCCGCCAUCCAGAACUCGGUGCCGGCCAUCACCUUCGCCAUGGCCGCCGCGCUGCGCAUCGAGAAGGUCCGGCUGGACCGCCGCGACGGCGUGGCCAAGGUGGCGGGCACGCUGGCGUGCGUGGCGGGGGCCUCCGUCAUCACGCUGUACAAGGGCCCCACCAUCUUCGGGGGGCCCGAGGCCGCCUUGGGGCUGCUGGAUGAUAAGGCGGCGGCGCCCAAUGAUCUGAAGAACUGGACGCUGGGGUGCGUGUACCUGAUCGGGCACUGCCUGUCGUGGUCGGGCUGGCUGGUGCUGCAGGCCCCCGUGCUGAAGAAGUACCCGGCGAGGCUGUCGGUCACCUCCUACACCUGCUUCUUCGGCGUCAUCCAGUUCCUCAUCAUCGCCGCCUUCAUGGAGAGGGACGCCGACGCAUGGAAGUUCCACUCAGGAUCCGAGCUCUUCACCAUCCUAUACGCAGGGUUCAUCGCUUCUGGCGUGGCAUUCGCCGUGCAGAUCUGGUGCAUCGACCGCGGGGGCCCGGUGUUCGUGGCCGUGUACCAGCCCGUGCAGACGCUGGUGGUGGCCAUCAUGGCCUCCCUCACCCUCGGCGAGAAGUUCUACCUCGGAGGCAUCAUCGGCGCCGUGCUCAUCAUCGCCGGCCUCUACCUCGUGCUCUGGGGAAAGAGCCAGGAGAGGGCGCGCCUCGCCCGGGAGAGCAGCAGGGACGCCGUCGUCAUACCGCCCGACGCCGCCGCCGGCACUGCGGCGGCGCCCAUCAUCCGGAGCGCCAAGCUGCAGGCGCCGCCGCCGCUGUCCAGCACCACGCAGCCGCUCCUGCUGCCGUCUGAAAACGUCUGAGGAUAUCAUCAUCAUAUCUAUCUAUCUAUCUAUCUAUAUAUCGAUCCAUGCAUCCAUCGGAGAGCGCGCACCAGCUACCAGUAUUUAUAUUACUUACUUUCCCCUUUAAUUAAUUAAUUGUUUUCUUUCUUAUCCUGAUGUUCGAUUUCACGCACGCAUAUUAUAUUAUUAAGAGAUUUGGUGUGGCGAGUGAGCUGAGCAUGCAGACCAUAUAUUUGCACGCAUGUAUGUAUGCAGCGCACUAGUAGCUAGCUAGGAUUAUUACUAA